GUGAAAAAGAAUUGUCAGUAUUUAUAGCAUUCGUUAAUAUGCAGUUUAAUAAUUAAAUUAUUUUUAUUAAUAUUUACAUACAAAAACAACAUAUGAGUGUACAAAAUAAAUUUCAAUAAAAAGUGGGUUGACACCUGUGUAAUAAAAUUUAAUUAUGUACAUACAUACACUUUUAACUACGUGUACAAAUUUGUCUUUAUAAAAAUUAAGAUUUUUCUGAGGCUAGAUAAACCAUUUCACUUUUUUAUUAAAUGUACAAAACAGUUGGUAUUUUGUUCGAAUUUAAAUUCCUUUAACUGUGGAAUAGCUUGAAGGAAUACAAACACGUUAUGUUUAUACAUCACAAAAACAACAUAUGAGUGUACAAAAUAAAUUUCAAUAAAAAGUGGGUUGACACCUGUGUAAUAAAAUUUAAUUAUGUACAUACAUACACUUUUAACUACGUGUACAAAUUUGUCUUUAUAAAAAUUAAGAUUUUUCUGAGGCUAGAUAAACCAUUUCACUUUUUUAUUAAAUGUACAAAACAGUUGGUAUUUUGUUCGAAUUUAAAUUCCUUUAACUGUGGAAUAGCUUGAAGGAAUACAAACACGUUAUGUUUAUACAUCACGAAAGCAAAUAUGAAAUAGAAAAUCAUGAAGCUACUCAACCAUUAAAUGAACACGAAAGCAGCGAUGAUGAAAAUGAUAUAACCCCUUUAGUCAAUAAUGAUGAUGUUGGUGGAAUAUUUAAAACUAGAUAUGUAUUUGGUUUUAUGGGAUUUCUUGGCUUUGCCGUAGUAUAUGCCAUGAGAGUUAAUUUAUCUGUUGCAAUUGUUGCUAUGGUAAAUCAAACUGCUAUAUCACAUGAAAAUGUUACUAUUGAAGACGUCUGCCCAGCAUCAUCAAAUACCAGUGAAAAUAACACACUACCAGAAAACACAAAUGGUGAAUUUAUAUGGGAUGAAACAACUCAAGGUAUAGUUUUAGGGUCUUUUUUUUAUGGAUAUGUUAUAACUCAAGUACCUGGCGGUAGAUUAGCAGAACAAAUGGGUGGUAAACUAGUCUACGGAUUCGGAGUUUUGAUAACAGCAAUAUUCACUAUGCUGACUCCUAUGGCAGCUUAUUUUAGUCUUCCAACACUGGUAGUGGUUAGAAUAUUGGAAGGUAUGGGAGAAGGUGUUACAUAUCCGGCUAUGCAUGCAAUGUUAGCACAUUGGAUACCUCCAUUAGAAAGAAACAAAUUUGCUUCUGUGGUGUACGCUGGUUCAAAUAUUGGCACUGUUAUUUCAUUACCGUUAGCAGGUUGGCUGUGUUCCCUACAGUUUAUGGGUGGUUGGCCAUUGGCAUUUUAUAUAUUUGGGAUCUUAGGAAUAAUAUGGUUUAUAUUUUGGAUGCUAUUAGUUUUUGAUACACCAAGUGCUCAUCCGCGUAUAAGUUACAAAGAAUUGAACUAUAUUGAAAGGUCAAUCCGCUUAACAGGCGUUGAUGAAGAUUUCGAUGGUCAAAUCGGUAUCGAUUCAGAAAGUAUCCCUUGGCUUGAAGUUUUAUCAUCAUUACCAGUUUGGGCAAUUUUAAUUACACAAUGUGGACAAGCUUGGGCAUUCUAUACCCAACUUACAGAGCUUCCAACUUAUAUGAAUAGUAUUUUACAUUUUGGAAUUAAAUCAAAUGCAACUGCUACCGCUCUUCCAUAUUUUACAAGUUGGAUUUUAGGUAUUUGUUGUUCAAUAUUUGCUGAUUGGUUAUUAGCUAGAAACUAUAUUUCGUUGUUAAAUUCGAUGAAAUUAUGGAAUACAAUAGCUUCAGUGAUACCUAGUUUAGGGCUGAUUGGUGUUGCUUAUGUUGGUUGUAAUUGGAUAUGGGUAAUGUUUAUGUUAGCAGGUGUAGGUGCUUUUCAAGGUGCUGUUUAUUCAGGAAAUCAAUUAAAUCAUAUUGCCAUUAGUCCGAAAUACGCAGGCACACUUUAUGGUUUAACAAACGCCGCUGGAAACACUUGCGGUUUCUUAGCCCCAUAUGUGAUUGGAAUGUUGAUAAAUGGGAAAGAAACUUUGACAAGAUGGCGCUUGGUGUUUUAUUUAGCUGCUUUUUUCUGCAUUGGUGGUAACUUCUUUUAUCUACUUUUUGCCAGCGCAACUGAACAAUCGUGGUCAAAAAAUCGUAGGAGAACUUUAAGAGAAACGUUUUAACAUGUAGAAUGGUUUUAUAAUUUCAUUUAAUACGAAGUAUAUUAUUUAUAUUUUCAAUAAGGUUCAAUAUAUACCAAAACCGCAACAGUUCACCCAAAUGCAGCUUUCAAAAGAGAUUUGCGAGCCUGGGGAAAGAAAAUAUAUUUUUAAAUAUUGAGCUAAGAAAUUAAUUUUCAAAUAUUUUCACAUUGCAAAACAAACCAUAUAUUAACCUAAACUAGAGAUUUUUAUUUAUUAAAAAUUUGAUGUGCUGUGAAACCGUCUGUAUAUAUUUAGUUCAACUAAAUGGCUGACUUAUAAAAUGAUAAACAUAAUAAAUUAAGAAUUUUAUGAAAUUGAUAAAAUAACCUUUAUGCAUAAUAUAAUUUAAUUUUGAGAAAAAAAUAUAUAUAGGGCAUUGUACUUAAUUGUAUCACUUCUCCAAUACAUAAUUAAAUAAUUUAAUUGUUUUAGUUUUAGAGAGAAUUUUUAAAAGUCAAUUGGAUAA